AUGGCAGCUCGGAUUCUGAACAGGUGGCUUGAAUUGAGCGCAGUAUGUGCGUCGGAAGUGCGUUUUGUAGCGGGGAAGCACCCUGGGCACCGCCUAAGUGCUCCGGUAGCGCUGUUGCGGGGCGAAACGCACAAGCGUCUGUCACCGUUGAAUUGGAUUGCAAACGGUCAUUUGCGCUACCGCCAGGCAAGCACAACGUCCGCCACGCAGCCGAGCCCUGAGGAGAAACUCAAACAUACCGCGCUGUAUGAGACGCACCUGAAGUACGGGGGCAAAAUGGUUCCCUUUGCAGGCUAUGCGCUCCCAGUGAUGUACUCUGGCGAGAAAGGCGGGAUAAAAAACGAGCACUUGCAGGUUCGUCAGUCGGCUGGUGUGUUUGAUGUCUCGCACAUGGGGCAGGUGCGCGUGUACGGCACCGACCGCGUCCGCUUCCUCGAGAGACUCAUCGUCGCGGAUCUACAGGCACUCCCGGCGGGUACAGCGGUUUUGUCGCUACUCACGAACGAGCACGGAGGUAUCAUUGACGAUACGAUCAUUACGAACCUAGGAAAGGACAAUACUGGGGCGGAAGCCCUGAAUAUGGUGAUCAAUGGCGCCUGUGUCGAUAAGGACAUGGCGCACCUGCGAGCACAUGAGAGACGCGCCCGCGAGGUCGACGGCAUGGAUGUUCGCUUGGAGUUUUUAGCGGAUCGCUCGCUGCUGGCACUUCAAGGCCCGAAAGCGAUGCAGGUACUGCAGCAUAUUGUCGACCGAAGCACACUGAACCUAGAGCAGAUGGCGUUCAUGAAUGCUCGGAUGGUCAAGGCACCUGCUUUCUCUGAUUACUUGCUCGUAUCUCGUUGCGGGUAUACAGGAGAGGACGGCUUUGAGAUCAGUGUGCACAAUCAGGAUGCGCCGAAGCUCUUCGAAAUGCUCGUGUCCAAUGAAGCGGUGCUUCCGUGUGGUCUCGGUGCACGGGACUCGCUGCGCAUGGAAGCUGGCCUUUGUCUCUACGGUAACGAUAUUGAUGAGAACACGACGCCCGUGAGCGCUGGUUUAACGUGGACGAUUGCCAAGUCUCGCCGCAACCCAGACUCCGGUGAUGGCCGGCCCUCGUUCCUCGGUGCAGACGUGAUACUCAAGGAGAUUGCCAAUCCAAGUAUCGUGCAGAAGAAAAGAGUAGGCUUUGUCCUUCACGGGGGACCACCAGCUCGUGGACACGAAACGAUUCACGAAAAUUCACCGAAAGCUGCCGAUAACGCCGUGAUCGGUACUGUGACUUCGGGAGGAUUCUCCCCCACACGGAACUGCGCUAUUGGUAUGGGUUACAUCUCGAAGCCUAUGGACGCUGUCGGUACGCGUAUUUCAGUGAAAAUUCGGGGAAAACUUGUGCCAGGUGAAGUAGUCAAAAUGCCAUUCGUUAAGACGAACUAUUACAAACCCUAA